GACCGCACGCACGCAUCGUGUGUGGCGGGAAUCGCAUGUGGCGCGCUACCGCGACGAUCGGCGAUACUUUCUACAAACGACUCCAAUAUGGCGAAUGUGAGGGACAGUGAUACGUCGUUGUGGCUGCAUAACAAGCUCGGUACGUCAAACGAUAGCUGGACCGGCAGUUCCAUCUGCUCGCAGCUCAACGCCGAGGUACUCCGGAACAUCAAGGAUUGUUUUCCCGACCUGCAGACGCAGGUUAAGCUGAAAUUGCUCCUGUCGUUCUUCCACAUACCUAGGCGCAAUGUCGAGGAGUGGCGCGUGGAGCUGGAGGAGAUCAUCGAAGUCGCAUCGUUGGACAGCGAACUGUGGGUAUCGAUGCUAUCCGAAGCGAUGAAGACCUUCCCGUCGACUGGCUCCCUGAACACGGACAUCACCGAUCUGGACGAGCACAGGCCAAUUUUUGGCGAGCUGGUCAACGACCUGCGGAAACUUUUGAAGAAACAGAACGAUCCCGCUAUGCUUCCCUUAGAGUGUCACUAUCUCAACAAGACUGCACUGACGUCGGUGGUGGGUCAGCAGCCUACGCCGGUCAAGCAUUUCACUCUGAAGCGAAAGCCGAAGAGUGCAGCCUUGAGGAUAGAGUUGGUUCAAAAGAGCACCGACGCUGCCAAUAAUCUCAAGAAGAGCACCACCCCUACCGUACCUGUAAGGAGCAGAGGGAUGCCAAGAAAAAUGACUGACACAACGCCCCUCAAAGGGAUUCCGAGCAGGGUUCCGCUGAGCGGUUUCAGGUCGCCUUCGCUCACGAGCACUUCCAUGUCGAACCGGACGUCGAUCAACAGUAGAAUACGAAAGGACGGCGGUAUCAAGCUGCUGGACAUUAACGAGCAGCCCCUCGGGUACGCACAGGCGAAGAAGCGGAAACGGAUGCUCGAGCUGGAGGAGCAGCAGAAGAAGGUCGCGGAGGCGCAGGCGGCCGCCGCCGCGGCGGCGGCCUCCGCGGCCUCGCCCGUCGCCGAGACUCCGGCGACGCCGGAAUACGCGCAGGGACUCACCUCGAUAAAUCCGCCCGCGACGCCGAUCGCACCGGCAGUGGCUACGCCGCAGUCGUACACCGCGCCUAGCACACCGAGCAGCGUCGCGACCACGACUGCCGCGCAGACAACUACUCCUACGUUGACCACCACCACGACGAACACCACUGUGCCACCAGCGGCUACGCCGACGGUGAUUACGCCGGUGGAGACCACUCCCGUCGCCGUGCAGACGGUCAGACCGGCUCAGACGAUCACGCAGAUCCGUAUACAGACCACCGCGCAGCCCAACGCCGCAGCUAACACGAGAAAGGGUUUAUCCCUCACUCGAGAACAAAUGUUAGAGGCGCAGGAAAUGUUUAGGACCGCGAACAAGGUGACGCGUCCGGAGAAGGCCCUGAUCCUCGGCUUCAUGGCUGGCUCUAGAGAUAAUCCCUGUCCGAAGUUGGGUAACAUAGUCACGGUGAUGCUGUCGGAGAACAUAGAGGAGGUGACGCAACCGGACGGCACGACGGUGCCGAUGCUGGUGGAGACGCACUUCCAGAUGAAUUACACGAACGGCGAAUGGAAGAAGAUCAAGAAGAACCGACGUAUCGUGACGGAGGAGUCGACGUCGACGUCCACGUCGACGUCCACGUCCACGUCGACGUCCACUCCCGCGCCAAGUGCCACCGCCACGGCUUCCAACUGAAGAAAACUUGUUCCAAGCGACGCGAGGAUAGGACACAAGAUAUUUUUGUCUAGUUGUUAAAUAAUUUUAUAGUUAUUUAAUAACGCACAUUGUGAUCAUUCGUCUUCUUAGUGUAUCGAUAAAGAGACUCCUGCGGGGAUUUAUUGAGGGGUGAUCGAUCGAUCGAUCAAUCGAACGAUCGACGUUUCGUCGGGUCUGAGAAAGCUGUUUCAGAGAGGAUGCUAUAAUUUGUUACAAUCUAUACUGCGAACGAUUCUACGGUGUCGACUAUGGCAUACUUGUGGACUUUGAUAUCGAAGUUGUAUAAAAAACCGUUGCAAUUAUAUGUUUUUCGAGUAUCUUUGAUUAAUAGCAUUUUUUUUGUAAGUUAUUUAGAGGUAGAUCGAUAAUGCAUAUUAACGUUAAAUUCGAGAUAAUUUACAAACACGCGAAUGCGAGCAGUCGAGUAUUUUUUGCAGUUCUGUUUUUCUUUUUUUUUAUAUAUUAUUAUUAUAUCUUAUCAUUAAUAGCAUUUUUAAAAUUUACGUGGCAUAGGCUGAUGUAUGUAUAUGUAUAUAUAU